AUGGCCCUGGUCUGCGAUGAUUUUCUCGCCUUUGAGGAAACGCUAAAAAGUUUACGCAAAGUAGACGACAAUAUUGUACAUGCACUGAACACGACCAUCCCCACUUCAUCGUUCUCAGAGAAGGGCAUCGACCCUUCGGCCCAGUGCCAAGAACUGUACAAACAACUUAACGCUGCUCAUCAAAGUCGAGAAAAUGCCAUCAAAAAGUGCAUUGUCUCAGUCUCUGAACGAGUGCACAACUUGCGAAAGCAACGUGAUGAGGAUGGAGAUAACCUACAGGUGACGAAGGAGCUGAAAAAGGAACAAAACAAAUUGCGAAUGAUGCAGAAUGAACUCCACGUUGAAGAGGUUGUUUGUGAUCGAAGCUCAAAGAUUUUUCACGAACGAUGCAGACUCUUCUUCAGACCUUGA